GGUCUCCUUUUUUGUUAAUAUUGUUUAAUUUUAAAAAAAAAAAAGAAUGGAACCAACAAGAAAUACAGAAGUAAAAGAAACAGUAGAUUUACUUUAUGAAAUGUCAAACAUGUUAAAUACAGGAUUAGAUCGAGAAACAAUUGGUUUAUGUAUUUCAUUAUGUGAACGAGGUGUUAAUCCAGAAGCAUUAGCUACUGUUAUUAAAGAAUUACGUGAACUGGAAAAGAACAAGCAGAGUAAUCAACUUUAAAAGUACAAUCUGUUUAUUUUAUUUCUACUAUUGAAAUUAUUCCUUAAUUACCACAUGAAUUAAUAAUGUCAAGAAAGGUAUUAUAAUGUUUGUUCUUAUUGCUUUAUAUGAAUAUAAAUAUACUUGAUAAUAUAACUGUAUAGCUUCUGAUUUAUAAUUAAUGUAUUUAACAACUAUUAAUAAAAAGAUUAUAAAUGCAUAUUCUUUAUAGAAAUGUUGUUUAAAUUUAUUCGAAACACCUGUUUUCUUGAUAAUAAAAGA